UCUUCCUUCCUCCCAGGUGCCCCCCCUGCGUCACUGUCUCCCCGACGGCACGUUUCAUCUGUCACUCAUUAGCAUUCCGCACAUGUUAAGUACACUUAGGAAAAUAAGUCCCGGGUAGGGAAGAGAGAGGCACUGUUUAGCCAGCGUUCCUCUCCGGUGCAGCCGGCCAGCUGGGGGGGCAAGCUCCAGCACUCUCACACUGACACUCUCACACCGACGCUCUCGCACAACUCUCUCCGCAGUCCCAAGGAUACAAUCUCAUCAUGAUCAAAAAUGUGGAAAUGGCUGAUUAAAUGCCGUCGCUUAAGUUCCCCUUUAAUGUAAUGUGCCAGACGCUGGAUCCUGCGCCGGGAGUUGGGACCUGGGACUUGUGAAUUAUUCGGCGCCGUAGGAAAGAGAGCUCACAAUGUGGCGGCACUGGAUAUUUGGCACAGUGGUGAAACUAUGGCUGGCGGUGUCCGUAAGCCUAUGCCAAAGCGGAGAUGAUGCACUAGCAGAUUUAGGGUCGGGGUAUAUUAUAGACGCUCUACAUGAUCAGCCCAAAGAGCCUACACGUCAACCUAGAAUCCAACCCCAAGAGACAACCCACUGCCAGCUGACCUUUACGGUCCCUUCUCAAGAACAAUAUGGGAUGAAAGAGACAUCUCCAGUUCUAAAGGAGGAGGUCACCUACCUACAGAGCCUGAUACAGGACACCAAUAGGGUGUUGCAGAGCCUGCAGUACACGGUCAAUGCCGAUGCCCAAGAUAUUGGCUACCAAGAGGUCAUUGCUGAACACAACAAAGGAAUCAGAGAGGACAACAAAGAAUUCUACGGCACCUUGAGCAAAAUUAUGCAGGAGUUUCACACAAACAUGGAGGACGAUGCCACUGAUGUUCCCGAUGAGAGAAAGAAGCUGAAAAGGAACUUCCAGAUGAUGGAUAAUCUGCUUGAAACAACAAGUCUUAUAGCCGAGAAGCUGGAAAAGAAGUCCGGGGACCUAGAUGCCACUUUAGAAAAGCAAAUGGCCCGAUGCACCAGCCUGGCCUAUCAGAGCUCCGUGGGGUCCUGACUGGGACGUCAACAGCCUCAAUGGGACUAAUUACUUCAGCUCAUCAACGUUAUUGUUUCUGUGUUUGAGAAUUUAAUUUCUGGAAAAUAUAUGGGAUUUUUUUUAUAAAUUGUAUAAUAAAUAUUACAGUACUGUCA